GAGAGUUACUGUCAGGAUGAUCUGAUGCAGUGCAGGGGCAUCCAGACAGGAGUCUGUUAGCCUACUGGAGGUUCCUGAUGUUAUCAGCAGCAUAAGGCAGUUGUCCAAAGCUACCAUGAAAGAGGACGCCAAGCCCAGCAAGGACAACGAGGACGCCUUCUACAACUCCCAGAAGUUCGAGGUGCUGUACUGCGGAAAGGUGACGGUCUCGCACAAGAAGGCCCCGUCCAGCCUCAUCGACGACUGCAUAGAGAAGUUCAGCCUGCACGAGCAGCAGCGCCUGAGGAUGCAGGCCGAGCAGCGCGGCCUGGACGCGGGCAACGGCCAGGUCGUCUUCGAAGUCGAGGGGCCCAGCUGGCCCGCAGACAUUCUGCUGGAGGAGGGCGACGGCAUCACCAACACCCACCCUGCCUUGCCAGCCGUGCCCAGCCAGCCUGCGCUGUCCAGCUCUCGAGUCUGCUUCCCGGAGCGGAUUUUGGAAGAUUCUGGCUUUGAUGAACAGCAGGAGUUCCGGUCUCGGUGCAGCAGCGUCACCGGAGUCCUGCAGAGGAAAGUCCACGAGAACAGCCAGAAGCCACAGCCGCGGAGGAGGCACGCCAGCGCGCCCAGCCACGUGCAGCCGUCGGAUGCGGAGAAGAACAGGACCAUGCUGUUCCAGGUUGGACGAUUUGAGAUUAACCUUAUCAGUCCAGACACUAAGUCAGUUGUACUUGAAAAGAAUUUUAAAGAUAUCUCUUCUUGUUCACAGGGUAUAAAGCACGUGGAUCACUUUGGCUUUAUCUGUCGGGAGUCACCAGAGCCGGGGCUGAGCCAGUAUAUCUGUUACGUGUUCCAGUGUGCCAGCGAGUCCCUGGUGGAUGAGGUAAUGCUGACUCUGAAACAGGCCUUCAGCACGGCGGCUGCCCUGCAGAGCGCCAAGACCCAGAUCAAGCUGUGCGAGGCCUGCCCCAUGCACUCUUUGCAUAAGCUCUGCGAAAGGAUUGAAGGUCUGUACCCACCAAGAGCCAAACUGGUAAUUCAGAGGCACCUCUCAUCCUUGACAGAUAAUGAACAAGCUGACAUCUUUGAACGCGUCCAGAAAAUGAAGCCGGUCAGUGACCAGGAAGAAAAUGAACUUGUGAUUUUGCAUCUGAGGCAGCUGUGUGAAGCCAAGCAGAAAACACACAUCCACAUUGGGGAAGGCCCGGCGACUAUUUCAAACAGUAUAAUCCCAGAAAAUACAGCAAGCAGUGGAAGGUUCAAACUUGACGUUCUGAAAAACAAAGCUAAGAGGUCCUUAACCAGCUCCCUGGAAAAUAUCUUCUCAAGGGGAGCUAACAGAAUGAGAGGUCGACUUGGAAGUAUGGACAGCUUUGAACGGACCAAUAGUCUUGCUUCAGAGAAGGACUACUCACCAGGGGACUCUCCACCAGGGACACCGCCGGCCUCCCCACUGUCCUCAGCUUGGCAGACGUUCCCUGAAGAGGACUCGGACUCCCCGCAGUUUCGAAGACGGGCACACACGUUCAGCCACCCACCUUCAAGCACGAAGAGGAAGCUGAAUUUGCAGGAUGGGAGGGCUCACAAUGUGCGCUCCCCUCUUCUGAGGCAGAGCUCCAGCGAGCAGUGCAGCAUCCUUCCAUCUGCCCGGCGCAUGCACAAGGAGAAUAAUUCUUCCUCCAGCCUUCCAAGUCUGCACACUUCCUUCUCUGCCCCUUCCUUCACUGCCCCCUCUUUCCUGAAAAGCUUUUACCAGAGUUCAGGUAGACUGUCCCCACAGUAUGAAAAUGAAAUCAGUGAUGGAGAGGGGAGGAAAAGGACCUCAUCGACUUGCAGCAAUGAUUCCCUGAACGUUGGAGGAACCCCGGCCACUCCUCGCCGAAUCUCCUGGCGGCAGCGCAUCUUCCUCAGGGUUGCUUCUCCCAUGAACAAGUCUCCCUCGGCAAUGCAGCAGCAGGAUGGCCUGGACAGGAACGAGCUGCUGCCUCUGGCCCCUCUCGCUCCCACCAUGGAGGAGGAACCGGGGGUGAUAUUCGUGUCUGGGGAUGAUGACCCAGAAAAAGUUGAAGAAAGAAAAAAAUCAGAAGAACUGAGGAGUUUGUGGAGAAAAGCUAUUCACCAACAAAUCUUGUUGCUUCGAAUGGAAAAAGAAAACCAGAAACUUGAAGCGAGCAGAGAUGAGCUCCGAUCCAGAAAAGUUAAACUGGACUAUGAAGAAGUUGGCGUAUGUCAGAAGGAGGUCUUAAUAACCUGGGAUAAGAAGUUAUUAAACUGCAGAGGAAAAAUCAAAUGUGACAUGGAAGACAUUCACACUUCUCUCAAAGAAGGUGUUCCCAAAAGUCGCCGAGGAGAAAUCUGGCAGUUCCUGGCGCUGCAGUAUCGUCUACGGCACAGAUUGCCCAACAAGCAGCAGCCUCCGGAGACGUCCUACAAAGAGCUCCUGAAGCAGCUCACGGCGCAGCAGCACGCCAUCCUCGUGGAUCUGGGACGGACAUUUCCUACUCACCCUUAUUUUUCAACGCAGCUCGGUGCAGGGCAGCUGUCACUCUUCAACCUCUUGAAAGCCUACUCCUUGCUGGACAAAGAAGUGGGUUACUGUCAGGGGAUCAGCUUUGUGGCCGGAGUCCUGCUUUUGCACAUGAGUGAAGACCAAGCCUUUGAAAUGCUGAAAUUCCUCAUGUACGACCUGGGCUUCCGCAAGCAGUACAGACCUGACAUGAUGUCGCUGCAGAUUCAGAUGUACCAGCUGUCCAGACUCCUUCACGACUAUCACAGAGAGCUCUACAACCAUCUGGAAGAAAACGAAAUCAGCCCCAGUCUUUAUGCUGCCCCCUGGUUCCUCACACUGUUUGCCUCUCAGUUUCCGUUAGGAUUUGUAGCCAGAGUUUUUGAUAUUAUUUUUCUUCAGGGAACUGAAGUUAUAUUCAAGGUUGCACUCAGCCUACUGAGCAGCCAGGAGACACUUAUAAUGGAAUGUGAAAACUUUGAAAAUAUUGUUGAAUUUCUUAAAAGCACACUACCUGAUAUGAAUACAUCUGAAAUGGAAAAAAUUAUCACCCAGGUUUUUGAGAUGGAUAUUUCUAAACAGUUACAUGCCUAUGAGGUGGAAUAUCACGUGCUGCAGGAUGAGCUUCAGGAAGCGUCGUAUGCCUGCGAGGACAGCGAACCUCUGGAGAAGCUGGAGAGGGCCAAUAACCAACUGAAAAGGCAAAACAUGGACCUCCUUGAAAAAUUACAGACGGCUCAUGCCAAAAUCCAGACCUUGGAAUCCAACCUGGAAAACCUUUUGACUAGAGAGACCAAAAUGAAAUCUCUGAUCCGGACCCUGGAGCAGGAGAAGAUGGCCUAUCAGAAGACGGUGGAGCAGAUCCGGAAGCUGCUGCCCGCCGAUGCCCUGGCCGACUGCGAGUCGCUGCUGAGAGACCUGAACUGCACCCCGAACAACAAAGCCAAGGCCGGGAGCAAGCCAUAGCGGAGCCUCCGAGAGGGGGUCCCUGGCGCUGCCCCGCGCUGCCCCGCGCUGGCGGAGCCGCCCCGAGUCUGGUGCUGAGCCCUGUCCCAGCCAGCGGGCCCCCGUCGUGGCGUGCCAACCCAGCCAUUGCACACAGGCAGACUAGCUGCUGUUGACUAUGUACAUAUGUAAAAUGGACAUCAAGAACUCAUGCUUUCGGUUAUAAGGAGUAAAUGUAUAUUUAGAGCAAUUUUUUAAAAUCAAAACUUCAUGAAGUCCCCACCAAAGGGAAGUUAAAGUGAAAUUCCCCUUAGACACGUGAAAUCAUUUUGUCUUUGUAGUGAAACAAAGCUAGAGAAUCUUUGUAUAUUGAAAUGUACUUGAAAAAAACAACAACAACGAAUGUAUUUUUUUUCUCCAAAGAACAGCAUGUCUCACUCAGUGGUGCACAGGGGGGACAUUUGUGUACGUUAUGUGUGUCUGUCCUAAGACGUAGGGCAUGGGAUCUCUGGGGAAGGGGACUGAUUGACGGUCAGGCUCCUGGGGGGUUUUCGGGAAGAUGGAAGCCUUCCUCCCCCGCCUGCUUUGUGCCGACUGGCAUGUUACGUGUACAUGCAUUUUGAGUCUGCUUGGGCAUUACCUUCGACAUGCCUAAGGAGACAGGGGGCUGAGUCUACCCACCCAGCUCAAGGUGAAAGAGAACCUUGCUAAUAUUUUUAGCAAAUCCGACCAGCAUUAUAACUCAAACUAAAAAGUAUCGGGCCUCAGAAUUCUAACUGAGGGCCUCAAUGGUCCCUAUCAGUUUUUCCCCAUUUUUGUUUAAAUUUCUUCCGCAGCUGUCUCCCCUUUGCUUGGUGCCACGGUUGGUGACAAGGUUUUGCCAUUUCCCCACCAAAAUGUGGGUGCUCUUCCAUUUCUCCACCUUAAAUGAAGGACAAGAAAAUGCAAUGAUGAUUGGUUUUCUAAAGAUGACAUGCUGUGCUCAGAUACUUUUGUUUUUUGUUUGUUUUUGGACAGUUGAUAGAAUGUGAUAAGCUCAUAAUCAUCUCCUUCCAUGUGAAAACUCAUGAGAACUGUGAAACGUUUGAAACAAGCUGUUGACAUGCGUUGGCAGGAAAGGGGGAGUGUGGCCAGCUCUGCUAACACCACAGCUCCGGGUCUGGGCUCCCAGCUCCACCCCCACCGGCAGCGAGGACGUUCUCGCGUGGAGAGGACGUUCUCGCGUGGAGAGGACGUUCUCGCGUGGAGAGGACGUUCUCGCGUGGAGAGGACGUUCUCGCGUGGAGAGGACGUUCUCGCGUGGAGAGGACGUUCUCGCGCGCAGGUGCGUGGAAGGAAAGUGAUGCUGCAAGCAUCCACUGCAGAGAGGAUUCCAUUAGGGCCCCUGGCGGCUGAUGCUGCGGUGUUGCCUUUCCACACAAGUCACCAUUACUGCUUUUUGCAGUACUUAUAUGAUUACAGAUGGAUUACCUGGGAUAAUUUUCUUCAAAGGCUACACUAUUGUAGAGUAGAAGAGUCAAGCUCUAAAGGUUUUGGAAAACCCUGAUGAGCAGGUGAUAAGUAUCUGUUACCGCCCCGCCCCACUGCACGCACCUUUACUCAGUGCAAUGCUAAUGACCUGUUACAAAUCAGCAUGCUGUCUAAUCUGGGCAGUCUCUUCAAGUGAAAUCUGAUUAAUCAAAUUCAUGUAAUUCCUCGGUUCUAGAAAAUGCUGAUUCUAGGUGCCCCAUUGAGUUGGGGCCACCCACUGAUUUGUUGCUUGGAUUUUCCCCAAAUGUUUCUAUUUGUAAGAGAGACUUUUUCCUAUGAGGAAUAUGAAAAAUAUCCUCUGGUUACUCUCUGGUGGUGAAAAUCUUCUGAUGUGUGUGACACACAGGUGGUAGCCAAGGACUCUUCAAUUUGGGAAAAGAAACUUUUCUUUUUAGUUGUUCAGUUUAAAGUACAUUUCAUUCUGGAUGUUGAGAGGCAACCUCAUGAGUAUGAUGGUGUCCAGAGAUUGAGGUGUCUUGGAUACAAUGUUUCUUUUGAAAAUGAAUUUCCUUUUCUUUUGCGAUUUUGUAAAUGUUGCAUCAAUUAUGCUUUAUGCAUUGUUACAUCUUCAUCAGGUAUAUGUCCUGUCUAGUUUGUUUCCAAUAAAUACAUGGCUACAGUUUCUUGGCUUACUUGUUUUACUCUUGUUUGUAAUAGGA